GCAGCACCAGCGCUUUGACACAGAUGCUGAUUGGUGAAUGGAGAUAAAACGGCGAAUGAAUCUUUACUUUUUACCUCCAUUAUCCAUUUUUUACCAAUCAGCGCUCAGUGUCAAAACAUCGGUAUCUGCAUGAGGAUCCAGCCUAAUACUUGCAGUAAACAUCAGGACACAAUUCUAGUUUAGUCAAGUGUAGUGCGGAUUAAUGUGUAUGGUGGAGUCUAUCGUAAUUACGAAAUUGUAUAUUUACAUUGAGUUACUUUAAAAGAAAAAUCAUAAGCGUUCGGUAUUGAGUAUUGUAAAACAGUUGUAAUAUAAUUAUUAUUAUUGUUACAUAUAUUUAAAUAGAGAUAUAUAUAAUUUCGCUCAGUCUAGAAAUGUAACGUAUUUAUAGGUUAUAUCUAGUGUUAAUAAAAUUUGAAAAUUAUCUAUCAGCUCUGUCGUUUAUUAACAUAAUUUUUUAAUUGUUACAGUACAGUUUAGUAUUGUUUUUAUUAAACUUAAGUAUCUUCUAACUUCAAAUAUCCGGUAGCUUAAUAAAACGCCAGUAAAAUGAUACAAGACAAAAGUAUCAAUUAUGAUCUCAACAUGGAUGAAAAAUACAGGGUGUAUGCAAGCAUGUCGUUCGCAAUAUUACUAUUAGGAGUUGGUAUGCCUCUUUGGUGGCAUACUACAACAGUACCGCGUGUUAUGCUUCCUUACACCGGAAUUGAUGAACUGUCGCAAUUGGACAUCAGAAUCACUACAAAGAUUACUGUUGCAGCGCUUUCAGUUAAUCGUGCUGAAUUGCUCGCACGUGAAAUUAAACAAACCUUUGCAAAUGCUGAAAUAUAUCAUUUGGAUGUGGAUUAUCAAGUAAUUUCUAAUAAUCUCUUAGCGUCCGCUUUUACAUAUCAUGAACUAGAAAAGGUAGCUUCGACUUUCGAUGUAGAUAUCGGUGGUUUACUACUAUUAGAAGCAACAAAUUUGAAUGAUGCCGUUCUGAUUGGCUCCAAGAGAACACUAUACUUUUCUACAGAAACUGACAUUGCUAAAUUGAUGCAAGUAUUGUCAGAAUGGAUUCUGCAUGAUAAAUCGUUGGCACUGACGAAAAAUACGCUUGCUGAACCUACUUUAUAUAAUUUGGAUGAAGAAAAUAGGAGGCGAUUCCCAGCCAGUCUUACAUAUGAUGUUUUAAUCACCUUGGUUAAUCCUGAUCCUGAGAAGCAAAAAGUUAUUUGGGACCUCAAGACAGUAACUAAAGAAUACAUGCAACCAUUUCUGGACGAGCUGUCUGUCUUGAGUAACUUCUCGAUUAAAUCGCAGUGGCUGUACCUAUUACCAUUAGAUGUGAAUCCCAGACGUAUACCCGAUAGCAGCCCAAGUCGUAGACACUUCGCUUUACGCGAGAGCAUCUUACCACAACUCGUGACACCAUUAGAGAAAAAAUUAGCGUCGCAGGUUAGCCUUCACCCAUGCAUCAAUUUAGUUGUUUAUAUGGUCCCGUGUGAUAAUGCACCUUUACAUAUCUACACACACAGUGGGCACAGAUCACGAGUGGACAGCAACAUGGAAGCUUUUCUUUCUCCGAGAUGGGGCGGUGUAGUUUUAAUUAAUCCACCAUUAGAAGUUUGUGAAAACGCACGAGAGGAUGAAAUGGUUACUAUCAUUCCUGAAGAAACUGCUAUAGUAGGCACACUUCUAGCACAGCUCCGAUUAUUAUUAGGCAUCCCAGAAACGGUACGCCGUGUACAUUCCCCUAUUUCUGCCAGCUAUGAUACCAGUGUUAUUAUCGCUCAAGAAUAUACGAAAGUAUUAUUUUCCUGAAAAGUAUGAUACAAAAAAAACAGUAGACCAGAUAAAAAGUAGAAAUGAUAAGGAUAAUGAACUGGAUAUUGAAUAAAAGUCAUUUCUCCAACCAAUAAUAGAAGACAUAUAAUCAUGUGAUUGCUCAUUCAAAACCAUUUUGAUCAAAAGAUAAUAUAUAGCAAUAAUAGACAUAUAAUAGACAUAUUUUGUGCAGCGUCUUAACUUCUUCGCAAUGUAACAAAAAUGAGAUUUUGCUAUCACUGUGUGAAAAAAAAGUUUCUUAGAUUUUAGUGCGAUUUUAAUAUUAAAAUUUUUGAAGUCACUGAAUCCGAAUAUGAUAUCAGAAUUUCAAAAUUCAAACUGGCGGAUUUAAUAUUAUUAGAUUUAAUAUCACUUAAUAUGAUUUAGAUCAAAAUUUAUUGAAAACAUAAUUGGAUUCUUAUAAAACUGGAGUCCAAGAAUAUAAAGCGAACU